ACAAACCUAUUUCUUGCUUCAAAGAUCACGAGUGCUCCUUAGCCGUUCAGCGAGGGUACGGUAUUACCAAAGUAUUGGAGAGCCUUGAAGGCACGGGGUUAAUUGGCGCGUCUGAGUCACGUGCAUAGGGUCCUGUGCGCUGCCAGCAUGGCAAGUCGGAGUUUGAAUCACAGGUCAUGGACUAAUCCGCAUCAAGUAUAAAAGCCCUCUGUUCUGCCUCCUACCACCAACGCCCCCAGCAGUGCCCGCCGCCGUGUCUCCUGACACCCAGUCGUGCCCUAGCCCAGCGUCGAGAUGUCAAAUAAGAUAGUGGUGAGCUAUGCACCAAUUGCUGUGGGUAGUAGAAUCCCAAGUAACGCUCCCGCUUCUUGAGCCCAACGUGUACCGAGCGGUCAUCGACGAUGUCAUCGAUGCUAUUAAGCCCGAAUUUGAAGAAUACGGCGUCCCGGAGGACGUCUUGGCGGAAUUGCAAAGGAAAUGGGAAGACAAAGUGAUUGCGUCACACGUCGCGGAGUUCGAGUCGGGACAUCAGCCGCCUCAACAACAGGUGCAACAGCAGCAGCAACCCCACUACAAUGUUCAACAUCCUAUGCAUAUCGUACAAGGACACCCACACUAUGCCACAGGUCCUUACAGUGGCGUUCCAAAUGUCAAGACAGAGCCUGUUGAUGCUAGCAGGUACAUUCUUGCCGCUCCUCCUGCGUACGCUCUCCCUCCCUUACCGGGACCGUCGCUGAGCGGACUUCGAACCGGUCUUGGAGGCCAAACGAGUAUUCUCUCUUUCCCUCCCGGUCCGCCUCCCAUACAGCCGACAAACGGCACCCCUUCCUCAGGUACGCCACUAGGAAGAUUAUAUGUACCGCCACCAGCCGUUCCUACAUCUUCCCCAGGCCAACCUGCUGCAGCAUCUGCGACACCCCGCAAAAUUCCCCAGGUCGACGGCCCCUCUGAUGAUUCCGACGAUUCGGCCACGCCACCUCCGUCGUUUGCUCCACGUUCUCAGCACCCGUCGUUACCGCAGCCGCAGUUACAGUCCUCUGCAUCGUCCGCGCCGAACGAGUCUGAGGCUAUCAAUAGCGAUCUAGAUGACUCAGACACGGAAGCGGAGGAUGAUGCGGAGGAUGGAAACGUGGGCGAUACAGAUAUCGUUUUUUGCACAUACGAUAAGGUUUGAAUGCGUCCCUUUCCUUGUAUCCCGUUGUCACUGACGGGUGUUAUAGGUUGCACGGGUCAAGAACAAGUGGAAGUGCAUCCUCAAAGAUGGCAUGAUCCAUAUUAACGGUAAAGAUUAUCUUUUCCAGAAGUGUACCGGGUAAGUUACCGAUAUCUAUCUUGACAUCAAAGCUUUGAUAACUUACGCAACCCUAUAGAGAGUUUGAGUGGUAGUCGUAC